AGAAGCGCGGGUUAAAGAAAUGACCGGAAAGUCUCUUCCCCGGGUUUGUUUACUAAAUUUUCGACGCUGAGACCGUUUGAAAGGGCUAUAUGUGAUGAUGUCGCUGUUGAAGCCGUUUAGUAAACUUCCUGGCCUGAACACAGCGAAUAUCCUGUCUCUUCCUCUGCCCAUGGAGAACGACGAGAGUCGCCCCAGGAUAGAUCUGGUGGGUAUUCAUCAUGAAACCUGACAUCAGACUCGUUUCCAGUCAGCAGAAGCUUCUCUGAAAUAUUUGGACCCUGGAUAUUUCCUUGGGAAAGUCUGCUUCAUCGCUCGUAAUGCUUCAGUCCCCACAGAGCGUCUGGACGCUGUCAGAAAGCUGGCUGCGUCACUCCACUGCCCUCUGCUGUUUGCAGAGGAUCAGACACCAGAUGGUGUGACCAGCGCUACAGAGAGGCUGCUGACCGUGCUGAAGGUGGCAGCCGGUCUUGUUCCCACCACGACUGCUCUCUACCUGUCAAACCUGACCAGAUGCACUCUGCCCCCAGACAUCGACCAGCCCAGCUUUGAUUAGAGGACUGAUUUCUCUGAAGGGACAUCCUCCCUGAGUUUUUCAUGUUUAUAUUUAUUUGUAGAAGUCGUCUGUUUUAUUCACACCUCCUGUUCUUUUCCUGUAUACCUACUGCAGAGUGUAUAUUAUUGUAAUAAACUAUAGUGUGUUUUAUAUGUA